AUGGUGUCGACUGAUCAUUUCUCGGGAUCUUCAUCAUCAACAGCAGCCGAUGACACGCACAGGGAGAUUGAACAAGUAGCACGCCAAGUCACAAACGCAUCACACACCCACGAUGCCAACACGCACCACGAUGUCUUGAACCCGCCAAAGAACAGCCCCCUGGACCCAAACUCUUCAAACUUUGACAGUGUAGCAUGGACGCAGGCUUUCAUUCACCUCUUUGAAUCAGAUCCCAACUCGGCACCCAACCGGCGAGCGGGAGUCGCAUUUCGAGACCUUAAUGUCUUUGGGUACAGCUCCGGGACACAAUACCAGAAGAGUACGGGCAAUAUCGCGCUGAGUAUGGUAUCUGAUCUCGUUGGAAUUGCUACAGGAAGGUCAAGGAGACGGAUCGAUAUCUUGCGGGACUUUGAAGGCCUUGUUGAGCCCGGGGAGAUGCUGCUCGUGCUUGGUCCGCCUGGAUCAGGCUGUUCUACUCUUCUCAAGACGUUGGCUGGUCAAACUGAAGGCUUGAAUGUUUCCCAGACCUCGUACAUGAACUUCAGGGGAAUCGAACCAAAACGCAUGCACGACUGGUUCCGCAGCGACGUCCUCUACAACGCCGAAGUCGACGUCCACCUCGCCCCUCUCUCCGUCGGCGACACCCUCGAGUUCGCCGCCCGCGCCAGAGUCCCCUCCCACAUCCCGGGAAACCUCACAGGCCACCAGUUCGCGCGCAUCAUGCGCGACGUGAUGAUGGCCGCCUUUGGCAUCGCCCAUACCGUCAACACCAAAGUCGGCGACGACUACGUGCGCGGCGUAUCGGGCGGCGAACGCAAACGCGUUAGUAUCGUCGAGGCCGCGCUGACGGGCGCAAAGUUCCAGUGUUGGGAUAAUAGCACGCGGGGGCUCGAUAGCGGGAACGCGAUUGCGUUUUGUGGGAAUUUGAGGACGCAGAGUGAUUUGGUGGGGGUUGCGUCUGUUGUGGCGAUUUAUCAGGCGCCGCAGUCUGCUUAUGAUCUUUUUGACAAGGUGACGGUUGUGUAUGAGGGGAGGCAAAUCUUCUUUGGUAAGAUUGGGGAAGCGAAGCGGUACUUUGAGGAGCUUGGCUUUCAGUGUCCCGACCGGCAAACUGUUCCAGACUUCCUUACGUCGAUGACAUCUCCGAACGAGAGAAAGAUCCGACCAGGCUACGACAACCUCGCCCCUCGAACCCCUGACGAGUUCGCCGCUAGAUGGAAGGCAUCCAAAGAGCACGCAAACCUCAUGGCGGACAUCGCGGCCUACGACAACAAUCAUUCCUCAAAGGACCGGCUCGAGGCGUUUCAAGAUAGUAUCAAAGCAGAGAGAAGCUCAUGGCAACGGCUCAAGUCGCCUUACAUGAUCACAUAUCCGAGCCAAGUCAAGCUAUGUCUUUGGCGUGGGUGGAAGCGUCUGGUUGCCGAUCCCGAGUUUACGCUGUCUUCACUGAUGUUCAACAUUAUCGUGGGACUUGUACUUGGAAGUAUGUUCUUCAACUUGAGGCAGGACUCGGGGACUUUCUACUACCGUGGUGGACUCAUCUUCUUUGCUCUGUUGUUCAAUGCGUUUGCUAGUGAAAUGGAGGUCCUCACUUUGUACACUCAAAGACCGGUCAUCGAGAAGCACAACCGAUACGCCCUCUACCACCAGUCCGCCGAAGCCAUCUCGAGCUACAUCACCGAACUGCCAUACAAAAUCACAAACGUCUUCACCUUUAAUUCGAUUCUCUACUUCAUGGCCAACUUGAAUCGCGAGCCCGGGCCCUUCUUCUUCUUCUGCCUCGUCUCAUUUCUCGUCCUCCUGGCUAUGUCGGGCAUAUAUCGCACCAUGGCAUCCCUCGCACGUACCUCGCACCAAGCUAUGGUCCCCGUCACUCUCGUUACUAUCGGCGUAAUGAUGUAUGCCGGCUUCACGGUGCCAACAGCCUACAUGCAGGGAUGGUCGCGCUGGAUGGGAUACGUCAACCCGCUCUCUUAUGCUUUCGAGGCGCUCAUGGCCAAUGAGUUCCAUGGUCGCCAGUUUGUAUGUGCCGGGCUCGUGCCGUCUGGUCCGGGCUAUGAUGGUCUCGCGGUUUCUGGUCGUACCUGUGCUGUUAUAGGUGCCAUGCCGGGCUCAGAUAUGAUAGAUGGGGACCGGUAUAUCAAGCAAUCCUUUGGGUACUUGAACGAUAACAAGUGGAGGAACGUCGGCAUUCUAUGCGCAUACGUCGUCGUAUUUUUCAUCACGUACAUUAUCACUGCCGAGUACGCCAAACCGCCCAAGAGCGAAGGCGAAGUUCUUGUUUUCCGGCGCGGCAAAGUACCUUCCGUAAUGGACCAAAAGGCCCUGGCAGACGAAGAAAGUCAAUCCCGUAACAUGACACUGACCGAGAAAGUCACUGCCGCCAUGCCGACUGAAGAGAAGUCGGAGAAGAGACCGAGACCGAGUGAGUGUGGCAAGCCGAUCUUUCACUGGGAAGAUAUCUGCUACGACGUCAAAAUCAAAGAUCAAGACCGACGCAUCUUGGAUUUUGUGGACGGUUGGGUGCAGCCAGGUGUCAUUACCGCUCUCAUGGGCGCCUCUGGUGCUGGUAAAACCACACUACUCGACGCUCUAGCAGCUCGAAUCACCAUGGGCGUGAUAUCCGGCAACACCAUGGUCAACGGCCAAGCAACAGACAGAUCGUUCCCCAACCGCGUGGGAUACGUCCAGCAGCAAGACGUCCACUUGGACACGAUGACCGUGCGGGAGGCCCUCGAGUUCAGUGCGUUAUUGCGGCAAAGUGCCGAGACCCCUCGUGAGGCCAAGUUGGCGUACAUCGACGAAGUGAUUGAGUUGCUCGACAUGAGUGACUUUGUCGAUGCGGUUAUUGGAGUUCCUGGCCAGGGCCUCAACGUGGAACAGCGGAAACGAUUGACGAUCGGGGUCGAGCUCGCUGCUCGGCCGCAAUUGCUGGUGUUUCUUGAUGAACCGACCUCGGGCCUCGAUUCCCAGACGUCUUGGGCGAUUUGCGACCUCAUCGAAAAACUUGCGCAGAGUGGACAGGCUAUCUUAUGUACUAUUCAUCAGCCGUCUGCCAUGCUUUUCGCCCGUUUCGAUAGGCUGCUUUUACUGCAGCGUGGGGGAAAGACUGUCUAUUUUGGAGAUAUCGGUAAGAACGCCAAGACGAUGAUCGAUUAUCUCGAACGUAACGGCGCAUCGCCAUGCCCUCCUGAAGCCAAUCCUGCGGAGUGGAUGUUGGAGGCUACUACGCUUUCCGAGGACGGACCGAAUUGGUACGAGAUUUGGCGAUCGUCUCCAGAGUACCGCGAGGUGAAGUAUGAGCUCGGGCUUCUGCGACAACAAGGGCAAGAUCAGCCCAUGACGAAAGCCGCGGAUCACGAUGUCGCUAAUCAGGAGUUUGCCUCGUCGUUCUGGACCCAGUUCGUACAAGUCUUUGUUCGUACGGCCAAGCACUUUUGGAGGUCUCCUGUAUAUAUCUGGUCGAAGCUUACUCUGACGAUUCUUCUGGCUCUCUACAUUGGGUUCACAUUCAAGUCGGAUAACAGCUUGCAAGGCUUGCAGAACCAACUUUACGCCUUCUUUAUGUGCCUCACGACCGUCAACGAGUUCAGCAAGCAGAUCAUGCCCAUGUUCGUUCCACAGAGAGCUCUUUAUGAAGUACGAGAAAGGCCGUCUCGCGUCUAUCGAUGGACGACAUACUUCCUGUCUAACAUCGCCAUCGAGAUGAUCUGGAAUACCAUUGCCGCCGUCGUCUUCUUCUUCUGCUGGUACUACCCAGCCAAGUUCUACCGCAACACCACCCCCGAAGACGUUACGAUCCGCGGCUUCACCGUCUUCCUCUUCAUCUGGAUGUUCUUCCUCUGGGUCAGUACAUUCUCCCAGCUCGCCAUAGCCGCGAUCGAGACGGCCGACCUUGCCAGCAUCCCAGCCAGUCUCUUUUCCAUCCUCUGCAUGUCUUUCUGCGGCGUCGGUGUCAUCCGCGCCGACCUCCCCGCCAUAUGGAGCGACUUCAUGUAUUGGGUCAGUCCCAUGACGUACCUCGCGAGCGGUGCGCUGUCGACCUGUCUUCAUGGCUCCAAGGUCAUUUGCACGGCGAAGGAGAUUGUGUCUGUUCCGGUGCCGACGAACAUGACCUGCGGCGACUUUCUCGGUCCCUUUGUCCAGCGCGUUGGCGGGUAUUUGGUGGAUGUCGCGGCGACGGAGACGUGUGGGUACUGUCAGAUGAAUACCACGGACGAUUAUCUCGCGACGUUUGAGAUCAAGUACGACGAUAGAUGGCGGAACUUUGGGCUUUUGUGGGUGUACAUUGUGUUUAAUGUUGUUGCUGCGUGUGGUCUGUACUGGCUUGUGAGAGUGCCCAAGGAUCAGGGUGUCAAGCGGAAGUGAACUUCGGGCUGCGUCGAAAUUGAGGCGGCGGUAAAUUAAUGUGUAUCACAAGCACCAGAUGGCGUCUUUUGCAUGGACGUUGGAUAAUACCGUGGUAUUCAGACAGAGGAAUCCUUUGAGUUGAGGAAAUUUGGAUAUUUAAGGUAGUUGGACAAUGGAAAUGGGAAGACUAGAUCAUUCUCAACCUCACUCUCCUGUUCUUGACAUUUUGCGACAAAG